ACAUCACUGGUGUGUAACGGGAUCGGUCCCUGAGCUGAUGGUGCUUAGCUGGGUGGUCUUUGCCUUGGCCCCUGGAGAUAGCGGGUGGAAAGGGGCAACCUGUGCAAAUCUCGAGGCUGGCCACCAUCGCUCUGGAAGGAAAGUUAGGUGAACGCCAAAGCUUUUAUUGCAAGGUACAGGGUGCCCAGGAGGGCUCCAGGUGCUAACCGUUGAGUUAUGCCCCGGCCUGGGGCCAGAGCGAGCCGGGCUGGCGAACGCUUCAGAGUUGAGAACCACCCGGGGGACCAAACUUCCGCCACACUCAAAAUGGCGAUCACACGUCACCUCACUUCCGUUGGUGACCGGAAGUUGGGGGUCUUGCAAGUAUGGCGGCAUCGAAGGUGAAGCAGGACAUGCCCCCACCAGGGGGCUACGGCCCCAUCGACUACAAGCGGAACCUGCCUCGCCGGGGAGUGUCGGGCUACAGCAUGUUUGCUGUGGGCAUUGGAGCCUUGCUCUUCGGCUACUGGAGAAUAAUGAGGUGGAACCGGGAGCGCAGGCGCCUGCAGAUCGAGGAUUUGGAGGCCCGGAUCGCCCUCAUGCCGCUCUUCCAGGCAGAGAUGGACAGGAGGACCCUGCAGAUUCUUCGGGAGAACCUGGAGGAGGAGGCUGUCAUCAUGAAAGAUGUGCCUGACUGGAAGGUGGGUGAAUCUAUGUUCCACACCACGCGCUGGGUGCCACCCAUCCUCGAAGAGUUGUACGGGCUGCGCUCCAAGGAGGAGUUGGACAACGCCAGAUUCGGCUUCUCUUUUUACAUGUAGGGCCCGAGCCCACGCCCACAAUAAAGAAUAAUCAAAUAAACGCCAGCAUGUUUCUGA